UUGGACUUAAAAGCGACUGUUAGCAGAUACGCCCACAGUUUGUUUUUUCUUUCGUUAUCAGAAAAGUUAGAGAAUAUAAGUAGGGGGAAAAUUAUCAUAUUCUACUUGCCAUAGUUACUCCUGAUUUCUCCCAUUAGACGCCAUGGAAUAUUGCGGACCAACUCACUAUAGAAGAAUCGCAGAAUGGGUGCCAGCCAGCAGCGGUCAUGUUCCUCCUUGCGCCAUUCAAGCUGGUUACGAUGUUAGCGACACCCUCUACGUUGCUCGAGCCCAUCAUAAUGGCGACAAUAUUCCAGGAAAAUUAGUCCCGUCUCACGGAUGCUGUUAUGUUCCUUGGGGUGGCGAAGAACAUAGCCAUCACAACUAUCAGGUGCUAUGCAAUCCGGAAGGAGUACAACUGGAAUGGAGAUUCACCAGUGGUGGAGACAUCCCUCCCGGUGCUGUUCAAGGAGGCAUGACUGCAGAUGGUGAACCAUUGUAUAUCGGUCGUCACGAACACGAAGGAACAAUGACCGUCGGAAAGGUUCAGCCUUCUCACGGAGUAUUAUACAUAGCGUUUGGUGGAAGAGAGCAUUCCUAUUCUGACUACGAAGUGCUUGUCUGUAAAUCUGUUGUAUUUUGAAGUUUGUCUUCAAGAAUUGUUAAGCUAAUAGGUUACCUAAUGUUUACAUUGAAUCUUGCACAAUAAAACUCUUAAUAAACUUUU